AUGGAAGGCAAGUCAAUCCUAAGUGGUCUACUUCUGGGAUGGUUCUUUGUUGUGUGGUGCUGUACCUGUCUGAUUGAUGUGAGCGUACCGAUCACUUCGGUUCCGUCGUAUCGACUAAGGGAUUCAAUACAAUCAUCAAUAUUCUACUGCCCCUUCACGCUCGACGUGGAGAGUCACUGGCGGAACGGUCCGAAGGAAGAAGUCAUAAUUAAAGGAGGGCCAGGGACGAUGUUUCUGUUUCGUGAAAAGAUAGUUGCUGUGUUCGAGAAUGCAAAAGAGACAGGUGCUGUCAUACAGUGGUUUCUUGGACAAGUCCGGUUGGAUCACUUGUUCUUCGAUGUUUUAUCGUUUGAAUAUGUUUGGCUUACCCUGCUUUGUGUUUCCGUCGUGAGUGUGCUUGUCCAGAUACUUGUAUUAGAACCGUUCAUGAAAGUGAAACACGCACCUGCGGGUUACGUGCAAGAAAUGGAGCGUAGAGAAACAGAGUAUGCCAAUAGUAUGAUGAGGAAAUUUGUUGUCGAAAAACUUUUGAUGCUUGCUUAUGUCGUUGUCAGGAAUACAGAAAAAGAAAACAACCCAGUGAGUUCUCCACCGCUCAGCAAAUCAAAAAGACCCGGACUUUUUGACUGGUCACUACGGGUCACGGACGCUUCUGUGUUUGCGAUAUGGUUCAUAAUCGUUUGGUCGGUGACGUCAGUCACAACAAUGGCGAACCAGCGGUUUGAAACGAUAAUCGGUGUUGACAUAGAAAAACAUGAUUCCGACGAAGACUCUGAUGAGGAGGAGACUGCGAAGAAGAAGAAGAGGAAAGAGAGGAAUGUGGAAAAGACUUCCUCGAAAAAGUCGGAUACGGAUCCGAACCAUUCCCAGAUGCUGAUGCGACGUCUACUUCUCUUGCUUAGUGCUUGUAUGUUCACCUCCACAGCUCUAAUAUCAUUUGGUGUCACCACAUUUAAACUGAUGCAUCCAAUCUAUUCGUCUAUGAUCUGUAUAGAGGGUAUGAUUGUACUCGUACGGAGUAUCUAUGUGGGUUAUCGGAUUGCCUGGUGGCAGAUGGUACCGCAGGCAAAAACUCGGCAAAGUGAAGCCUUCCAAAGGCGAAUAUAUAUGUCGAAAAGGAUUACUGAUGUGAUUCUACACUCGCUUACCAGCGUUAUGUACACUUUGUACUUGAUUACGGGAGUGAUAAUAAAUGGGAAACUGAUCCCGCUGGCGUUCGUCGCUCGUCUAUCGCACAAUCUUCAUCGUACCCUAUACAACAUAUUCGACCAUCUUAAUGGACUAGAGACGUCGAAAUUUCUGGAUUAG